AUGACGUGCGAGGUCUAUGGAGAAGUUCGCCAUUCUGGGAAUGAUUGCCCCGAAACCCGUGAAGACGCUGCCUACAUCAACAACGGGUUCCGCCAACAAGGAGGUGCCAACCAAGCUCAGAUAGCUGCUGCCCUUCCUACUGAAUAUAAAAAUAAUUCUGAAAAUGUAAAAGCGGUGACCACGAGGGGUGGUAAGACUACUCGUGAUCCACCGAACCCUAACGCUGAUGCAGGGAAGGACAAAGAGCAACAGGAGAUAACAAAGAAAACCCAAAAAGAUGUCAGACCAGAAGAAGAGGAAAUGACACCAAAAGACCCAUUGGGGUACAAGGACACCACGUACCUGCCAUUUCCCACAAGAAAUAGAAAACAAGCUGUGGAUGAACAAUUCACUCACUUUGUUGAGAUGAUCGAGAAGAUACAUGUAAGCGUUCCUUUGAUGGACGUUCUACAUGUACCUUCUUAUGCCAAGAACAUCAAGGAUAUCAUCAACAACAAGCGCCCACUGCCAUCCACUGAAACAAUUAAGCUGAUGGAAGAGUGUAGCGCUGCUAUACUCAACCGUCUCCCAGAGAAGAGGAAGGACCCGGGGUGCCCUACAAUCACAUGCUCAAUCGGAACUCAGCGCUUUGAUCAUGCGCUAUGUGAUUUAGGUGCAAGCGUAAGUGUGAUGCCUAAAGUUGUCUUUGACCAGCUCAACUUCACUCAACUCAAGCCAACCACGAUGACUCUCCAACUGGCCGACUCAUCGGUCAGGCAUCCAACGGGAAUAGCCGAAGAUGUACCAGUACAAAUCAGAGGACUGUUUGUUCCCGUGGACUUUGUGGUGCUUGAUAUGGAGUUAACCAAGGAAUCACCAUUGAUCCUUGAGAGACCCUUCUUGAGCACCGCAGGAGCAUAG